UGAUUAAAUAAUGCAUCGAUUGAAACUAGCUUGGCCACAUCGGAACAUAUUCAAUCAGCUCAGUAGCAGUCAUACCGUUGAAAGCAAUUUAUCCGUUGCGAAAGUGUUGACGUUGUUGAAAGUGAGUUAUUAAAACAAAAGUGCUUUAAUUUUUUUUUCGUAAAUAUUCUCCAAGUUGUGAGCAAAGACUAAAGCGCACGAGAACGUGAGAACCAGGUGGAAAUGGCUGAGUUUAUAAAACCAAUGUUGCCCGCAAUGGAUGAUUGGUCCGAUGAUUCGAUGCCCGAUUCAACGCCAAUGCGUGAUUUCUAUCGCGGAAAAGUGGUUCUAUUGACGGGUGGAACAGGAUUUCUAGGCCAAAUCUAUGUUGAAAAAUUAUUACGAUGUGAAGCAAAAAUGGUGUACGUGUUGGUGCGAUCAAAAAGGGGCAAAUCCGGACCAGAACGUCUUCAAGAGUUAUAUUCGGGAGAAUUGUUUGUGGUGCUGCAAAAAAUUUACCCAGACUAUGUGCAACGCGUUCGAGCGAUCGAGGGAAAUACACGUGAACUUAAAGUUGGUCUUACAGAUGAAAUACGCAAUGAGCUCAUCGAACAUGUGAAUAUCAUUUUACACGCUGCGGCUGAUGUUCGUUUCGAUAACACAUUGAAAGAAUUGAGUUUGGUAAAUUUGCGUGGCACACGUGAACUACUCAAAUUAGCUGAAGAAUGCACACAAUUGGACAUGUUUGCAUACAUUUCAACGGCAUUUUCACAUUGCGAACGAAUGUAUAUCGAAGAAAAAUUCUACGAGCCACCGAUGGAUCCAGAGGAAAUGAUUGAAAUUGCCGAACAUUUUGAAGAACAUCCAGAUGACGAAACUAAUUUGAACGUACUCACCGACAAUUUCGUUCAUCCAUGGCCAAAUACAUACUCUUUUUCAAAGGCUCUAUCCGAAGAAUUGAUGCGACAAUAUGGCAAACGCAUACCAAUUGUCGUCAUUCGACCAUCCAUCAUUAUAAGUACUCAUGAGGAUCCAAUACCGGCUUGGUGCAAUAAUAUAUACGGUUUGAAUGGGAUGUUAGUGGCAUGUGGACUUGGAUUCCUACGAAUUAUGGUGUUCGAUCCGGAUUUAAAGGGUGAUGUGAUUUGUGCUGAUUUUGUGACCAAUUCAACGCUUGCCGCAAUUUGGGAUCGAUAUAACGAAUUAAAACCAUUGACACAGUCAAUUGAAACCAUCAAAAACUCAGAGAUUGCAAAUAGCGAUCAAGAAAAUUACGACAUCAAUUGUAAUCAAAUGAUGGCAAUGGAGUCAAAAAUAUACAAUGUAACCGCAAAAGACGAUGGUCCCACUUGGGGUCACAUAAGCAAUACAAUGCGAGACAUGUUGAUAAUGUAUCCAACAACACAAUCAAUAUGGUGCCAUUUGCCAAACACCACUCGCUAUCGAAUUAUGGAAUUCUUUUUGGUGAUUUUCUAUCAUGCGAUACCCGGUUUCCUCUACGAUUUCGUGCUUAAAUUCACGAAAAAUCCACGAAGAUUAUUGCCGCUGUAUAGGAAAACACAUUUAUUUAUGAUAAAACUACGGUUUUUCAUGACACAAGAGUGGAAAUUCAACAAUGAAAAUAUGUACGCCGUUUAUGAAAGAAUGUCGAAACAUGAUCAAUUAUAUUUUCCGAGUGAUGUUCGAAAAUUCAACUGGGACUCGUAUUGUUAUAAUUACAAUUUAGGAUUGCUGCGUUACAUCGGCAAGGAGACUCUAGGUGAUUUUGAACCAGCUCGACGCCGUAUGAAAAAGUUCUAUGUGGCUCAUUUCUGUGUGCUCGUUAUUUAUUACUCAUUACUCGCUCUAUUUUACUUUUACCUGGGCCGUUUGCUGGGCAUCAACAGUUUCAUUAGCUCACAAAUCGAUCGAAUUGAACCAUUUUUUCAUUGAUUGUCAAUGGACAAUUAUUGAAAAUUUGGCAGUAAGCGGGUGUGUUUCACGAAAUCAUUUGUUUUUUUUUUUUUAAAUCAGUAAUGCUGAUUCAGCAUGGAAACUAUCGGAAGAAAAUUCAAAAGGCCAGAUUUUUCGGAUGGUAUUGUUUAAGAUUAAUUUACUUUGCAAAGAUGAAAAUAUUCAAAGUUCAAUUGGAGAUAUAUAAAAAAACACAUUCAACAAGAAAAA